CUGAGUUAAUUACCCUAUUAACCUAGCUCCCUAGAGCGGCAACUGGAGGUAUGGAUAUGUACGUACAUACUACGUAGUAUGUAUGGGUUUUACCCUUGAACCUUGUCUCGCUCGCUCGUCUCAUGAGCAAUGCAUGCAAAUGCAAAUGCAGGGCAAGGCAAGCUUGUUAGUUGAUUCGGCGAUAUGACAACCGCAAAAGUCCCUACCCUGGCCUGCUUUGACUUACCUCCUUUGCUUCUAAGGUUUCCUACUAAGUUUAUUUCGUAACCCGCGCGUUACCUUGCCUUACUCUACCUUACUCUCUACUGUAGCAUCCACUCGCUCGCUUGUUCGUUCGUUCGCGUUCACUUUCUUUUCUCUUGUCUCAGGCAAUUUUUGAUCUCCGAGUAUCCCGUCUCUCCCUUUUUUGCUUUUGGUUUUGUUGAAACGCCCUUGUUUCCUUGAAAUGGAAUCAUCGGCUGCCUGUCUCUUGCUGUAGGGUUUCGGUUUAUUCUCUCUCUCUCUUUCUCUCCUCUUACUUCACUAUUCAUUCUUCAGCAACAUCACACUUUCAACUGGAGCUUACACAGCGGCAUUACACUUUCAAUGACGCAGACAAUAAACCUUCUCCGUCGUCCCACAGCAGCUGAUCUACCUUGUCACUUUUUAAGUUGGGUCGCACAAUUGUCGACACCAACCUCACUCAUCCCAACAUGUUGCUAAGCAUGGAUGUCAUGAAGGUGCGGGAUUGGACCUAUCUUGAGGACCCCCCUCAAGAUAUUGGCCCAGCUCGACAUCUUCUUGAGGUUUACAGCAAGAUUCCUUAUAGCGAUCUAGAUGGCCACAUACGCCGCGUCCGAGAGAAGGCCUGGUGUAUCUCACAGUACCCUUGCGUUGGGCGAUGGAAAUUUCUCUACAUCCCGGAUCCCAAAGAUCCUCGCUACCAACAGGCUCUUUUCCGCCUCAACGUCGCCGGCUCUAGAGAUGUCCUUCUUGAUCUGGGAUGUGGGGUUGGACAAGUAAUUCGGCAGUUUCGUGCAGAUGGAGUUGACGGCGCUCAACUCAUUGGCACCGACCUGCAGUCCAAGUUCAUCGAUAUUGGCUACGAUUUGUUCCAGGACAGGCAUUCUCUCGGCGCAACAUUUGUUGCGGGCGAUAUGCUCGAUCCCGCCGACAAGGAGAUGGCUUUGUUGCGUGGCAAGAUCACCAUGGUUCACGCAGGCAGCUUCUUUCACCUCUUCAACUGGGUUCAACAACUUUACAUUGGCAAGCGUGUCGUCGAAUUCCUUAAGCCCGGCACCAAAAAUGCGCUGAUAUAUGGUCGCCAGGUCGGCACGAACCAUCCAGGGCCGUCUUCGACUAGCACGCGAUCAGCUUAUUUACACGACCAAGCGAGUUUCCAGCGACUAUGGGACGAAGUCGGAGCCCUCACCAAGACACGAUGGCAGGUGCAGGUCGAACCUACUGGAGAACCUGUCUCUAAAGUCCCUGGAUUCAGCAAUCACGCAUUCCCCGUCAAUUUCACCGUCUAUCAAGUUUCAUGAGAAAUUGCUCCAAUGCGAUUCGCAUCCUAGCAACUUAACCGGAAUGAGCGGCGAUCGCAUUACGACCCCGGUCCCGCCUCAUUUCUCCUGUUAUCCGGCGACUUCGACCCUAUCGUGAAACUGACAUUCUCCCGAGCAGCUUUUCUACUUUGGGUUGGCCCGCAUAUCGACUCAUACUAGCGUCUUUGCGUUUAGUAUUCCCGACCAGAUCCCCGACCAAGACCACGAAAUGAUGAAAGCAUCGAAUAUUGUGUACUUUUUGGCUCGUCUGCACUUAUUUAGACUCGGCGACUUACAACAAUCGAAUUGCGAAGGUACCGCUGAUCAAACCUAUCUUGGAAGAGAAAGUGGCCGCCCAGCCUCUCACCGACCGGACUCGGCAGUCCCCUGUUGCAGAAACGUCUUUUGUGCUACAAGGAUUCUCGAUCCACGGAUGCUCUCCCGUGAUUCCUAGGACUCGAGGACAACUUUUGCGUCAUCAUUUCGUGACACAAGCUGACGGCUUUAUUAUAUGGAACCACAAACUCCAGUCAAUGACUUACUCAGCAGUCAAAACCACUUUGGGAAGGGGAUGGUCUGCUUAGGAGAUCAUUAGGUACGAUUAUUGAUUAAUGAUACACGAUGAUACUUGGCGGCGCAACGCGCCGCGUUUUUAUGCUUGGGCACUUGACUCAUGCUAGUCCUUUUUUACGGCGUUUAGCGAAUAGGUAUAGAACAGGUUUAAGAUAGAGGGGGCAAGAUAGAGGGGGCAAGAUAGAAUGCAUAUGGGAGCAAUAGAUUAAUACGUGAACUAUACCAGGUGCUCUCGACAGCAACAUUGGUUAGUCUAGAUGGUUCGUGGUUUGUCUGCUAGUUAAAUAUAUCAACACCUGACCAUUUUCCAAGUCAAGC